UUAGCUAAAGCUAAUCUGCUGUUUAUACACGUCAUCAAAUGAAACGAGGCGUACCAGAUCGAUGGCUCGAUUACAGUCCCAUCGGAAAGCGUGUUCCCGGCACGCGAUUCAUAGCCUUCAAGGUGCCGCUGAAUCAGAAUCUCAAUGAAAAAGUCGACAAGGAGCUGCGACUGGGGCCCGAAUCGGUGAUGGAGUCGGUGCCCAAUCUGGGCAUGAUCAUCGAUCUGACCAACACAGACCGCUACUACCGGCCGCAGUCGUUCACAGAGAACGAUGUGAGGCACCAGAAGCUGAUGAUACCCGGAAAGGCAACGCCGCCAACGAAAUUGGCCCAAAAAUUCUGUCAAUAUGCUAUGGACUUCCUCGAGUUGAAUGAAGACAAUGAUAAGCUGAUCGGAGUCCACUGUACACACGGCGUGAAUCGCACUGGAUACUUGAUCUGCUACUUCAUGAUAACCAUGCUGAACAAGUCGCCCCUGGAGGCCAUCGCGACCGUUGAUGCGGCACGAGGCCACAAGAUCGAGCGCGAAAACUACCUGAGCUCCUUGCUACGCCUGGGCAACCUGAAAUCGGAUGUGGACGAGCCAAGCCAUGACACAGGCUAUGCGAAUCACUACAACAGGCGGCCGGCCUGGAACGGCAAUGCAGGUGGACGACAGCAGCAGUAUCAGUACCAGAGACCCUAUGACAAUAGCCAAGAUGAUUCGCGUCAGAGUAAUUGGCGCAGCAAUUGGAACAGCAACAACGGCUACCACGAUCUUAGCAGAAGUAGGUAUCUUGUGGAGGAUAGGGAACGCCAUCAGCCAGAGGUCGGCUAUCGGUCGAACGGCAAUGGGUGGCCGCAGCAAGGCCGUCAGCAAUAUCAGGAUAGGAGCAGAGAUCGCGACACGGGCUGGAGACGCCCUCAGCAAGACGAUCGUGCCAAUGGAUGGCCACAGUACCAUGGAAAUUUCCGCCACAACAAUUCGGAAUGGAAAAGCCCAAGAAAUGGAAGUGGCAAUGGAGACGACCCUGAAUGGAACAAGCCGCACUGGAAUGGCUCCAAUCACAGCAACAACUGGCGCCAGAGCCAUUAUCAAUCGCGAAACGAACACAAUUCCGGGGGCCAUGAAACACCGAAUCACCGCACAUAUUACCAACCAUAUAACAAUCGAAAGAGGGACAAUCGAUACACCUACUUUAGCCAAGACAACUGAUUGUUUAAGCCAUCUUCAGGCACCUUCCAUCAACACAUCAGUAAAUCCUAUUGCCAUUCAUACCGUUAACAGACCACAAGACAACCAGACCACCAAAAUAACCAGAACUACAAUUAAAAUUCAUUUACAACAUGGACAGAGGGCAGGCCAGUGCUGAUGGCCGCUGGCCAUGAUGGUAGUUAACAAGCAGUCGGCAGAGAUCGUGUGAAGAUACAAUAAGAGCAGGUAAAAAUUUGCAUUUGGCUGCAAAAAGCGCGUGAAAUUCCUGGAAAUUAGUGACCAGUGGAGCCGUCGGUGCCAGCGGCUCUGCUCCUGUGUCAAGACCGCCCGAACAGUGGGCUAGACCCCACCCCGCCCUACAAAAGGGACCCUGAAAGUGUAUAAGUAUGGAUAAUAUUCGUAAGCAAACGUUAAAUAUAGAAUUAAAUGCAAAGUUGAGAGCACUGUACAGUA